UCGGUAGCCGGUUACAGAGCACCGGACAGCAGAGCGCGCGGACGCCCGCACCGGAACCAUCACGACCGUCUUUAAAUCACGGCAGUUCUCUGUCUUAUCACUGACAAACGCCCGUUCACACACUUCAACCCACCCGUGUUUCCUUUCACGGCCGCGUUUCCCACGCUGAUGACACAAACUCCGAUCCACGUCUGAGACACGCAGAGUGAACCGAACCCACCAAGGCGCCGGACGGAGUGGACUCCCUUUCCUCCCUGCAGGACGCGUGACCUCCCACAGGCCCGAACCGAAUCCCCAUCCAGAGGAGAUUACCUUCCCGCAAACCUUCCGCAUCUCUCCCCCACGGUAGCUGACUCAUUUUGUUGCGCCUGAGACCAUGGCGGAGUACAGCUCUCUGCUCAGCGACCUGUCUGAAAACAUCACCAACGAGGACUUGGAGCAGCUCAAGUCGGCCUGUAAGGAGGAUAUCCCCGAGGACCAGAGCAACAACAUCACCUCCUCUAAGGAGUGGUUCAGCUACCUGGAGAAAAAUGACAAGCUGGCGCAAGAUAAUCUGUCAUACAUCGAGCACAUCUUUGAAAUUUCACGGCGACCGGAUCUGCUGACAAGGGUGAUUGAGUACCGUACCACCGUGCUCAAGAUCUCUGAGGAUGAUGAGAUCGACACCAAACUCACACGUAUCCCCUCUGCCAAGAAAUACAAAGACAUCAUCCGCCAGCCCUCUGAAGAUGAGAUCAUUAAGUUGGCCCCUCCCCCUAAAAAAGUGUGAGGUCACAACCCCACACCCUGAUCUUUGCACCUUGAUUUCUACACUUCUGACACUCCAAUCGACCGACCGACCAACCAUUUCUGACCUGCCCUGUCGCUCCCCCGCCUCACCCCCAUCCCGUCACACACACAG